UGUUUUGUUUUCAAAAGCUGCUCUCCUACGGGGAAGGCUUAGACAAGAGCAAGGUUGGUGAUGAGGAAGUCAGAACAGAAGCUGCUUGCUGCCAAGGGGACAAAAGGAGCCGUCUGCCUGGAAAGGGGCAGUGAAGAAUAAAGGCAGUGGGCUGAUUCAGAAACGACAAGAUGUCAUGACUGACUGACCGAAUGCCCAAAGGAAAGUCAGAAAUCAGCUUUGGUAUUCUGCCUCAGACAACUGAGAUGUCUGUUAUUCUAGCUCUUGGGUCAGCCUCGCCUCUAAACUCUAAACACUGGGCACACUGGGCUUCCUGGGUCCACCUACCCAAGCCAUCAUGCUGUUUGGUGACGUCAGCACAUGCAUGCAGCUAUCUUCACAAAGGUAGAUAAUGUGAGGGCAGUCACCUCCAAUCCCACCCUUCAUUGCUACACUCUUGGUUUUGUCUGCCUGUAAGAAGGCAGUUGGGUUGUGUCUCUCAGGCCAUGGCCAUGUGUCCAUGCUGAUCUGUAUUCCUUUGUUUGGAGAGCCGCAAGAUAGGGUUUGGAGACAUCUUUAAGGAACAUGGAAGAGCCAUAUAAGGAUUACUGUUUCUCUCUGAGAUACUCAAACAAGUCAGUGUAUUCACCAUCAAGUUACUCAUCAAUAAUACAGAGACAGAACCUUGUCUGCUUCCUCAGAAACCCACACUAUGGCAGCCUUAUUUACGCUGAUGGUCAUGGCGAAGUAUGGACAGAUUGGAACAGCAUGUCCAAGUUUUUUCAGUACGGGUGGAGAUGCAGCACUAAUGAGAACUCAUACUCAAAUCGUACUCUGAUAGGCAACUGGAACCAGGAAAGAUACGACCUAAAGAAUAUUGUAAAACCCAAACCCUUGCCCUCCGAGUUCGGACACUACUUUGAACCAACGUAUGAUGCGAGCUACAACAGCAAAAAGCCACAAUCAGCCCAUAGAUUUAAGCGAGAGCCUCAUUGGUUCCCCGGACACCAGCCGGAGCUGGAUCCUCCUCACUACAAAUGCACUGAGAAGUCAACUUUUAUGAAUGGCUAUUCAAAGCCUCUACCCACUCAUUACUCUUGGUGUGUAUGUGAUCCAAACAUGGAGCGAUCUAAGGAUCUGAGAAUCUAAGAGAAAAGCAGCAUCAUUUUUGCCUGCAGUAGACUGUAAAAAGGAGCAUGUUUUAAGCAGACUCAGACUUCACUCUUAACACAGAUUCUGUCUAAAUAAACCAUGGGACACCAAAGAACAAACAAAAUCUCUAUUUGUUUACUC